AUGGGCCACGCGCUCAAGAUACCAGGCCUUAACAAGCUACAUGGCAAACGUGUCAUCCUUGCGUCGGCCUCACCCCGCCGAAAACAGAUCCUCGAAACAUUCGGCCUAUCAGCAGAGAUAGUACCCAGCACCUUCGCCGAAGACCUCUCCCCGGCCGAGUUCGAAGAUAUACACGAAUAUCCCGUCGCGACGGCGACGCACAAAGCCGUGGAAGUCUACGAGCGCCUCGUCGCGACGAACCCGGACGACCCGCCCGACCUCGUCAUCGGCGCGGAUACCGUCGUUCUCACGCAUGCGAAGCCCAGCACGAGCGAUGUGGCGUAUAGCGAGCUGCCGCAGAUUCAGCAGGAGCUGCUUGAGAAGCCGGAUAGCAAGGCGGAGAACUUGAGAAUGUUGUUGGAGUUGAAUGGCGCUGUUUGCGAAGUCGUCACUGGCGUUACUGUCGUAUUUCCGAUCUUGACGGCGCCGGGAUACAAGAUCCAGUCAAUAGAAGAGCGAAGUCUGGUAUACUUCUCCGAUAACCCGACCUACCUCUUGGAGGCAUACGCAGACUCCGGAGAAGGCAUUGACCGCGCAGGUGGAUUUGCUGUUCAAGGCCUGGGAGGGCUGCUCGUACGGAAGAUUGAAGGCGACUACCAGAAUGUCGUCGGUUUCCCGGCAGCUAGCUUCUUCCGUUUCUUAGACUUGCUUGUCGAAGAGGACGAUGACUUCCUAGAGGUCUGA